GAGGACGAUCUACCGGGUGAUGCCUGUCUGGGUUGUGUUUGAAGUGAAAUGCCCAACCGUCAAUUUAGAAGACGUCCGCAUCGUCGGAUCUUUGCCUGAACUUGGCUCCUGGGAACCAUCCCGAGCUUUGCCUUUGGUGACUUCAGAGCGGACGUACCCAGCGUGGAAAAGCGCAGAGAUCUCAUUGCCCAGCCAAGUGACAGAGGUUGUCCAGUACAAAUACAUCAAGGUCUUCGACGGAUCGUUGGUUCAGUGGGAGGGUGGGCCUAACCGCAUUCUCGACGUGAGCUGCCUCGUGGAGAGGAUGGUGAAUUAUGUCGACGACUUGACGUUUGACAUCAAUGACACUGUGACUCGUCGAAGUGGGAAUCGCAUACGGUUUCAAGAAGCUUCCAAAAGCGCUUCUGUGACGACCAGCCGCUUCGCUAGCAGCGUACCCUCACCUCUCCGUGCGA